UGCCUUCCUCAACUCAUUCCAUUCAUCAAAUUUGAAGGUAGCUAGCUCUAGCGAGCUUGCUCUGCCUUGGAAGCUAGGCCACUAAUACGUAGAACGUAGCAAUGGCACAAAUGCUAGACGGCCUAAGGCAUGAUGAGCAAGCAUCGCUGCAUGCUCCACAGGAGGCCAGCACCAUGCCGACGAUGUCGUGCUCUGAUCUCCUGCUCGCCAUGAUGUGCCCUCUUAUCCUCCUGCUCAUCAUCUUCCGUUGCUAUGCCUACGCAACAAGGUCCGGCGGGAUGCUCAGCAGGGUCCCCUCGCCGCCGGGAAGGCUUCCGGUGAUUGGCCACAUGCACCUCAUCAGCUCUCUCCCGCACAAAUCACUCCGCGACCUUGCAACUAAGCAUGGUCCUGAUCUGAUGCUCCUCCACCUCGGCGCGGUGCCAACCCUAGUGGUUUCGUCGGCUCGUACAGCACAGGCCAUCCUACGCACUCAUGACCGUGUGUUUGCGUCACGGCCCUACAAUACUAUAGCCGACAUCCUCUUGUAUGGCGCAACAGAUGUGGCAUUCUCACCAUAUGGUGACUAUUGGCGGCAAAUAAAGAAGAUCGUCACCAUGAAUCUCCUGACCAUCAAGAAGGUCCACUCCUAUGGCCAGACACGGCAACAGGAGGUGCGGCUGGUAAUGGCCAAGAUCGUCGAGGAGGCGGCGACACAUAUGGCAAUAGACUUGACUGAGCUGCUCAGCUGCUACUCCAACAACAUGGUGUGCCAUGCUGUGUCUGGCAAGUUUUUUCGCGAAGAAGGUCGGAACCAGCUAUUCAAGGAGCUGAUCGAGAUCAACUCGUCGCUCCUUGGUGGCUUCAACCUUGAGGAUUACUUCCCUAGCUUGGCCAGGCUACCUGUUGUCAGGAGGUUGCUCUGUGCCAAGGCCUAUCACGUCAAGAGGAGAUGGGAUCAGUUGCUUGACCAACUCAUCGAUGACCACGCUAGCAAGCGAAGAUCCUCCAUGCUCGACAACAAUGAUGAGGAGAGUGACUUCAUCGAUGUUCUACUCUCUAUUCAACAAGAGUAUGGCCUCACUAAGGAUAACAUCAAAGCAAACUUGGUUGUCAUGUUCGAGGCUGGAACAGAUACAUCAUACAUAGAGCUAGAGUAUGCCAUGGCCGAGCUAAUACAGAAGCCCCAGCUGAUGGCCAAGCUACAGGCUGAGGUGAGGGGUGUGGUACCAAAAGGGCAGGAAAUCGUUACUGAGGAGCAGCUAGGUAGGAUGCCCUACCUAAAGGCGGUGAUCAAGGAGACACUCCGACUACACCCCGCAGCGCCACUUCUUGUGCCUCAUGUCUCCAUGGUUGACUGUAAUGUUGAGGGCUAUACUAUACCCUCAGGCACUCGUGUCAUCGUCAAUGCAUGGGCUAUUGCCAGGGACCCUAGCUAUUGGGAAAAUGCCGAGGAGUUCAUGCCAGAGAGGUUCCUUAGCAACACAAUGGCUGGGUACAAUGGAAAUAAUUUCAAUUUCUUGCCAUUCGGAACUGGUCGGAGGAUAUGCCCAGGUAUGAACUUCGCGAUCGCCGCCAUCGAGGUCAUGCUAGCAAGCCUUGUGUAUCGCUUCAAUUGGAAGCUACCAAUAGAUCAAGCAGCAAAUGGAGGCAUCGAUAUGACAGAGACUUUCGGGAUAACUAUUCACCUCAAGGAGAAGCUCCUCCUUGUCCCACAUCUCCCUUGAGAUAAUUAGUCAACUUAUCUCAACUUUAAGCUGUUGGUAUAUAUUAUCUUACAAUUUGAUAGCUUGAUAUUGUAUAGUAAUCACCUCCGUCAACAACUUAUGUAAGUAGUGGGCUUGUACGUUGUAACUAUUUUUGUCUUUUCCUUCUGAGGAGGGCUUUGUUGUAACUUGUAUGUAUAAUGUAUCUAUGCCACUCCACCUACUCCUAAUUUUACAAAUAA